UAUAUAUUUUUUGGGCAUCUUUAAUUUCAAGGCAUUUUUAUUACACUUUUAUAUUUUUCUACUUGUUAUAACUGAAUAUGGACUCGAUUACCAUUACGCUUCCUCACACCGUCCAGCGGCCCACCGAAAUGCCCAGCCACGGGCCGACAACACGCAUUAGCCAGCCCAUGGUAACCGGAACAUCGGUCGUCGCGUUCAAGUACAAGGACGGUAUUAUGAUGGCGGCGGACUGUCUGGCGUCGUAUGGCAGCAUGGCACGGUUCCGCGACGAGAAUCGGCUGAUGCCGGUGGGCAACUCAACACUCCUGGGCAUGACCGGCGACACGGGCGACUUCCAGCACAUGAAGCACACGCUGGAGGACCUGCUGACGCGGGAGUAUGAUAUGGAUGACGGACAGAACCUGGGCACUCGCUCGAUCUACCGGUGCAUCAGCAACAUGAUGUAUGGCCGGCGCACCAAGGUUGACCCACUGUGGAACUCGUACGUAGUUGGCGGCAUUGAUAACGGCGAGAAGGUGCUGGGAUUUGUGGACUACUAUGGUACCACGUACCAGGCGGCGACUAUCGCCACUGGGUUCGGCGGCCACCUGGCGCAGCCCAUUUUGCGCAAGUACGUUGAGGGCCGUGAGGAUGAGAUUACUGAGGAGGAGGCGAUCAAGAUUCUGGACGAUUGCAUGCGGGUGCUGUACUACCGCGAUGCCAGGUCGUUCAACAAGCUCAGACGCGCCAAGGUCACUGCUGCGGGCGUCGAGAUCUCAGAGCCGUACGCGCUGGAGACCAACUGGGACUUUGCCGAGUUCAUUGUUGGAUACGGCUCAUAAAGCACGCGCAUUCCGUCGCAGGCUGGGCACACAUUUUUCAAUUAUAAAUAAAUAAAAGCCAUCAAACCAAA